UCCUCCCCCCGUCCCUUUCGCCCCGCACCUUGUCGGAGACCGACGCGCCCCCUCCCCUCCGCUGUCCGCUCUCCACGGGUCAGCGUCGCCUCCUCCUCUUCCUGUCCACCUCGCUCUCUCAGCCGCGCUCCUCCUCCUCUUCCUUGCGGAGGCGGCAACCAGCCACCAGAGUGAGCCGGCGCACCUGCUCCCACUCCCACCGCGCCACCAAAAAAGUAGCCGUUGCGGCGUCGCGUCGGCGUCUAUAGCGGCAUGAGGGUUGCUGCCGCGCCGAGGCGGUGAGGAGGAGGCGGACGAGGCGGGUGGACACGAUGCCUCUGGUGAGGUUCGAGGUGCGGAAUGAGGUGGGGCUGGGGGACCCCGACCUCUACGGCGGCGGCGGCGGCGGCGGAGCUAAAGCAGCGGGGAAGAGAGAAGCCGGAGAGGAGGAGCCCAAGGGACUGCUCGAGGGCGUAGCUGUCUCGGGGCUCGUCGGGAUCCUGCGCCAGCUCGGAGAUCUCGCGGAAUUUGCGGCUGAUGUUUUCCAUGACCUACAUGAGCAAGUUAUAACUACAUCUGCCAGGGGGCGUAAGGUGCUGACUCGAGUGCAGAACAUUGAAGCAGCACUUCCAUCUCUUGAAAAAGCUGUGAAGAAUCAGAAGAGCCACAUUCAUUUUGCCUAUGUACCAGGCUCUGAUUGGCACACUCAGCUUCAAUAUGAGCAAAACCACCUGCUAUCCACUGAUCUGCCUCGUUUUAUGAUGGAUUCCUACGAAGAAUGCCGAGAUCCACCACGACUUUACCUUCUCGAUAAAUUUGAUAAUGCUGGCGCUGGGGCAUGUUUAAAGAGAUAUUCUGAUCCAUCCUACUUCAAGAAAGCAUGGGAUAUGAUGGGAGCAGACAAAACUGCUAAUCUCCAAAGAGAAAAGAGAUCUCAGAAAAUCAAGAGAAAAGGAUCACGGCUAAGGGAGCCAUACCAUGGACAACCUACAUCCAGGCAUAGGAGUGGUGAAUUGCAGCGAUCACUUACUGCUGUACAAUUUACUAACAGCAGGCAGUUUGCAUCUCUAAGCACUGAUGACCAGAGCUUUUCAGAUCAUAGAUCUACACCUGAUGCAGUAUCUAAUCCUGACAAUAUAAGCAGAUCUUCUUCGCUUAGUUCAAAGGCACGACGUAGUUCACUAGAACAAGCUUUAGAUACAAAACCUUCCACAGUGCCUCAUGAGAAUGGUCAUGGCAAGUCAUCAAAUGUUAAGCUGCACAAGCUCAGUGACCCCCCUUCGCCCAAACUACUUAACAGUAGCAGUGUGGAUAAUUCAGGUUAUGAUUUGAAGCAAGGUUCCCUGCCAGAUGAUAUGGUUGCUAUAUCGCUUUCUGUUAAAUGGGACGAAAAGGCUGCAAUUAUCAUGUCUACAAGUUCUGUCUACUGCGACGAUGUUGCUAUGGAUAAGGCUGAAGAUGCAGAACCUACUUGUGUUAGCCCUGGGCAGAAAGAAUUUGACCUUAGGGAGAUGGAUACUUUGGAGCAGCAAGAGGCCUUACUUAAAAGGACAAAAUCACCAUUACUGCCAUCAGUCUUGAACCACCAUGAUGAGAUUCCAGGUGAAGCAGACAACUACAUGGAUGCACUUAACACACUGGACUCUGAGACAGAAACUGAAGCUGAAUUUCAAACUAAAAAUCAUGUGAAUGCAGUACCUUCGUUCAGUGCUCAAGCGCCUCAAGUGGGGGCAAAUGAUAAUAUUGUUUCACAGCAUCCUGAUUCCUCUGUUGCUGAAAGAUGUCAAGAUUCUGAGAUGUCUUUGGCUUCUGAAAGAAUAGCUGAUUUUCCCAGUUUGCCAAAUGCAGACCCCCCUAAGAUUUCAUGGCCAGAAUCUUCAGAUCAUACUGCUGUACCUCCCAAUAAGGACUCAUCUGUUAUCACUAAUAUCCAUGAGAGUAAUGCAGAGGUUGCUUGCAGAGAUCCUUAUGAGAUUUCAGAGCCGUCACUGCAAGUGCAUACAGCUAUACCUCCCAACCAAAGAUCCCCUGUUUCCGAUAAAUUACCUGAGAGUAAGGCAGAAGGUCAUCCUGGAGAUUUUCCUGAGAUUUCAGAACCAGGGUUGCCUGCCUACACAGUUAUUCCUUCCAAUAAAAAUUCAUCUGUUGUCAACCAAACCCCUGAGAGUAAUGCAGAAAAUGCUUCUGGCAAUUUUAUUGAUGAAGCCACUAAUAAUGUUGUAUCCGUACCUACCAUUUCCAACAUGCCGAUUGAUGAGGCCUUCAAGACAGCACCUGCUGCUGAAAUCUCACCUGGUGAUAGCUCUGAUGACUCAUGUGCUGUUUCUGAAAGUAGGCCAAAGGAUCAUCCUGGAAAGAGCCAUGAGGAAGUUGGUGAUCGUAGUGUAACUGAAGAAUCUAAUUCAUGGAGCGAUCCUCUUAACGAGCCAUUGGAGAACAAAUGUGUAACUCAAGAUGUUCCUACAGAUAUCUCUACCACUUCUAUUGGAGUAUUGUCAGUUAAACUCUGGACAAAUGCUGGGCUCUUUGGACUUGAACCAUCGAAACCUCCAGUAUUUGUCUCCCAAGAUGGAACAAGGGAGGAUACACCACCUUGUUUUAAAGAACCUCAACAGAGCCAUUCAACUGAAUUCGCAGAAUUGCAUUGUUCAAAGCCUAGUGAAUCAGCAGUUGUAGACAUUCCUAAUGGAAACACAUCAAUUACCAGCAGCUUCGUGGGAAAGCUUGUUGGUAUCCGUCCUGGUUCUGCAAACCCCAACAACUCAGGGGCUAAUCAAUCAGCAGCAAGAACAUCUGAUUCAGUUCAUAGUCAAGCAGAUGGGCCCUCUGAUUUUUCCUCAUCCUUUGAGCACAAUAAUAUGAUUGGCAAGCAUACUUCAAUAAGUGAGCUUCUAGACUCUAAAGAAAGUGUUGAAACUUGCUCAACCGACAUGGCUGGGAGAAAUAACAUGCGUAUGGUUUCUGCAUCAAACUUCUCAAGCAUUGCACAAAAAUUUCUUGCUAAUACACUUCAGAGAAGAACUUCUCCAAAAUAUACCGAUCUUACUAUAUCAUCAGGGAGAGCGAACACUGAUGCAAGUGCAAAUGAUGAAUCUACCCUGAAUCCUAUUAUAGAACCAAGCAAAACAGUAUUUGAGGAAUCUCAGUUUGAGAAGAAAACAGAAAAUGGAACGAAUGGAUUGUCCAAAGCAUCGGUUUUUUCUAGCUGCCGGUGCUCUGAGAAAUCAUCUCCGCCGCUUGAGUAUAUGAAAAUAUCUUUUCACCCCAUGAGUACAUUUGAGAUGUCAAAAUUGAACCUAGAUUUCUGUCAUGGUAAUAUUCAUGAAACUUCGGAUGAUAUGAUGUUACCGACAUUUCAGUUACUUUCAGAGUCUUCUGUUCCACAGCCAGGCAGUGGUUCUGAGUCUGAAGAUGACACGUUUGGUAGAUCCUAUAGUUAUUCUUCAUAUGAUGAUCUAAGUCCACGUUUAUAUUCAAACUCUGAGGUGUGGGAUCAAGAAGUUGGAGUUGGACUGGAGGAACAUGAGUUGUAUGACGAUUCUCAGAUAGGAUCAUCAACAGCGCCUAUAUCUAGCUAUAUGGGACUUGAGCAAAUGAAUAUAUCUGGCAUGAAGUCAUCUGUUUCGCUUGCAGAUAUUGGGGAUCAGAAUGAUCUAGGCACAUUAGAAUCCCAUACUGUUGAAGAACUUCCAAAUUUUGAUACUCUGAUGUCCAGAAACGAUAAUCAAAAUGGUGAACCCUCCAUUCCACAUAAUCCAGUGAAUUUGUCACUCGAUGAAGAUCAGUUGCCACCACCACCUCCUCUCCCCCCAAUGCAGUGGAUGAUGAUGAGGCAAACAACUUCGAAGGAAGAAGAAAGAGACACUACAGUUAAAGAUAUGCUUAGGAAAGCCUCAAGUCUACCACAUGUACACACUUCUGCCCAGGAAGAAUAUCUUCCGCCGAUUGCACCACCAGGUCCACAGGAACAUCCUAAGGAAGUGGAUGUUCAAAAAAUUGAUGAGGUAAAGGAAAUUAAUAACCCCCCUGGUAUCAUUGAGAUAAAAUCAAGUCUGCUUCAGCAGAUCAGGGAUAAGUCAGAGCAGGUGAAACUUAAUGGGCAUGAAAGGUCAAAAGCUGUAGUUAGUGACAUUAAAAGCUUGGACGAAAGGGAUGAGUUGCUUCAACAAAUCAGGAGCAAGACCUUCAAUUUAAGGCGAACAAACGCAUCUAAGGCAGACACCUCAUCACAAUCCACUGCCAAUUCCAAAGUUGUAGCAAUUUUGGAGAAGGCAAAUGCAAUCCGGCAGGCUGUGGCCAGUGAUGAUGAUAACUGGAGUGAUAUAUGACCACCUAACUGUGGAUGUCUACAGUAAUCUUUUCUGUAUAUUCAGCUAUUACAAGAAGUGAGAAAAUGUGAAUAACAUCUUUUUCUUUGUUGUAAUUAGAUUUUGCAGGUCGUUUUUGUACCCCCUUUUUAGUUCAUAUUAGUGUAUUCUAUCGCAGAUCUCUAUGUUUGUGGAAAUGUUAGAUCAUUUCCAAAUUAUGUAAAUCUGUUUUCAUUAUUUAUUUAUGAUAGGGAGAUCAACUGAUAAAAAAUAAGCAUCUAAGCUAUCUUUUCUAGUGUUGUAUUAAAAAAUUUCUUUGCAAUGAUAAUAAGAUGGGGCAUAUUGUUGCAAAA